GUGCCUACAGAUGGUAUUUCAAUUGCUCUUAUCACAUUUCAGGGAUUGCUUUGGGAAUCUCCCUCAGUUGAGAAUCAUCAUGUCUGGAUCAAGACUUGGUGAUGCCACCAAGGCUGCUAAUGGAUUUGGACUUCUGGUCAAGACCUUUGUUGAUGGUCAAUGCAAGGAUGUCAACCAGGUGUGGGCUAACUCCAGUCUUAUGUCAGUCGUCCAGGGUGUCCAGACCAAGACAGAAGAGAGGGUCAGUGAUGCAUGGAUGAAUUUUUCCAACAAGACUGUGAAGAUUGAGGAUGAUUGGGACUCCAUUGUGACCAGUGAUCCUGAGGAAUGGGGUGAUACCUUUGCCGAGUCAGCCUCUCAGUUCGCUGCUGAAGAUAUGGCACCACCUCCCUCCCACAAGGACACCACCCAACACAGUACAACGUCCAAGAAUGGUCCACCAGGAACAGCGCCCUCUAGAGGGUACCAUUCCUUAGCAGGCACUGCUGCUGCUAGGUACAGGUAUAGAGUACACACUGAUAUUUUUCAGAGGUACUUCGAUACCGGAGCCGUUUCAGCAGAUGAUAUCAGGAAGACAAAAAGUUCAGGGCCCAAGGUACCGCCACGCAAACCGGCUGCCAGACCAAGAGUGAAACCAACACUGAGUGCCCAGGCCAAAGAGAAAGCAGUGCCAGCAUCAAGGAUGAGCAGGGUUCUUAACUUUGGAGGUCUAGCUGCAGGGAUUGGAGUUGGAGCUCUAGCAGAGAAAGUACGAAGAGGUCUUGGGUUAGAAGAAACUGGUGGUAAACUAGACUCUAGUAUACUCAUGACAGAAGCCAAUGCUGAGAGAAUAGUAGAUACACUCUGCAGGGUGAGGGGUGCUGCUCUUAAACUAGGUCAGAUGCUUAGUAUUCAAGAUAACACUCUCAUUAGUCCUGAGCUUCAAAAAGUGUUUGAGAGAGUAAGGCAGAGUGCAGACUUCAUGCCUCUAUGGCAGAUGGAGAGAGUGCUAAAUCAGCAAUUAGGCGAUGAUUGGAGAAGUAAAGUUGCAUCCUUCGAAGAUAGACCUUUUGCUGCUGCGUCGAUAGGACAAGUCCAUCUAGCAACGACGCAUGACGGGAGAGAAGUUGCUAUGAAAAUUCAGUAUCCUGGAGUAGCGCAAGGCAUUGAGAGUGAUAUCAACAAUCUCAUGAUGCUCCUUAAGAUGUGGAAUGUAUUACCUGAAGGUCUGUAUGCUGAGAGUGCAAUAGAAGUUGCAAAGAAAGAGCUAGGAUGGGAAGUAGAUUACAUCAGAGAAGCUGAGUGCUCUGAGAAAUUCAGGCACCUUGUAGAAGGGGAUCCAGUCUUCACAGUUCCUAAGGUUAUACCUGAACUGUCAACAAAAGAGGUCAUCACAACGGAACUAGUCGAUGGAGUAUCUUUAGAAAAAGCAGAAAACCUGAGUCAAGAGAAAAGGAAUGAGAUGUGUGUUCACAUCUUGCGGCUGUGCUUGAACGAGCUAUUUGAAUGGAGAUUCAUGCAGACAGAUCCUAACUGGUCAAACUUCCUCUUUAAUGAAGACACAGGAAAGAUAACUUUGUUAGACUUUGGUGCUUCAAGAUACUAUGACAAGUCAUUUGUGGACACUUACAUAAAGGUGAUCCAUGGUGCAGCAAGUGGGGAUAGAGAGGAGGUGUUGGUCAACUUACAAAAGCUUCAGUUCUUGACUGGAUAUGAAUCUAAGGCUAUGGAGAAUGCCCAUGUAGAUGCCGUCAUGAUCCUGGGUGAGCCGUUCAGAUCUUCCAAGCCGUUUGACUUCUCCACGCAGGAUACGACCCAGCGUAUCCACGGCCUGGUCCCUGUCAUGCUCCACGGUAGGCUAACCCCGCCCCCAGAAGAAAGCUACUCGCUCCAUCGUAAGAUGGCUGGUUCCUUCCUGCUGUGUACCAAACUAGGAGCUAAGAUUUCCUGUAAGGACCUGUUUGAUGAUAUCUAUAACAGGUAUCAAUUUGACAAAGAAUGAAUGAUUCCUGAAAUCUUUGUUUUGAACCACACGUUGAACCCAGAUCUACAAGGAAUAUUUUUGUGAUACCCAUACAUAAAUCAGUUUGAUAAACCAUGAAGUUUUCUUAAAUCCAUCCUGCCAUGUACCACACUAGGAGCUAAGAUCUCUUGUAAAACAUGGUCUUCUUUAAUGACAGCAGAUAUUUGAUGAAGCGAGUUCCUGGAAUACUUUCUGCAAUCCACCAAAAUAAGAGCUAAUAAUUCCUUCAAGGUCCUACAACAGAUACACUUUGAUACAAGCAUGAAUUUUCUCAAUUAUUUAUGUUGCGAUAGCAUAUCAAGGAAUUAAUUACUGCCAGGUAGCCAUUGACCUCAACUUGAGUGUGACAAAUGUAGAUUAAUGUUUUACCAAAGCGACGGGACUUGAAACGAGAAUUAUGUUGUGGUGACCUGUCCACUAGACCAUGACACCUCCCCUAAGAGUAAUAGUCGAGAUCUCUUGUAAUAAUCUUUCUUUGAUAAUGCUAACCGCAGAUGUCAAUUUAAUGAAGUUUUUAUUAUUCUCUACCUUUGAAGCACUAAAAGACAUUGAUGUUCAGUGUUACAGAGUACUGAAGCUGUGACAUCUUAAUUAUCUAUUCAUUUUCCGAAAGAGCAUCAAAAAUAAUGUCCAAAUGUCAAAAACCAAUUGAAUAUUCCUAUAGGAACUCAGUAUUAAGACCGAGUUCCUAUAGGAAAUCUUUUUAUUCAGAUCGUCAUAUCUCAGGCAAUACUUAACUUAUUCAAUUGGUUUUCGACAUUUGGACAUUAUUUUUGAUGCUCUUUCGGAAAAUGAAGAAAAAAUUGAGAAAUUCAAAAAAUAGAUUUUUGAUGACAUCACAUCGUCUUCACCACUCUAUGUAGCUUAUACCAAAAAGACGAAAGGAUUAAAUGUUGUGAACUUGGUAAUUUUUUUGCAGUUUUUGCAUAGGCUGCGGAACUGUUGGUGAAUAUUUAAAGGAAGGAAUGCAAGCGAUAUAAAUAGUAGAUCUUAAAUAGAAAGAGAGAGAAUUUAGAUAUCUAUCAUUUUAUUCAUAUUUUGUUUUUACACUUGUACAUAACAGCAUACUGUCAGCAAUUUUACGUUUCUUCCUUCUUAUCAAUCAUAGGGAGAGGGAUGUUUUGGUUGAUAUUAUAGCAUUUACAUGUAGGUAUCAUAUUCAUUUGUUGUUCUCACAGAGAAAAUGUCAAAUAUGAAAUGUUCAUCAUCAACAAGAGAAACCAAAAGUGUGUGAUUUUUUAAAGUGCUCUUCUUGAAUAUAUCCCAUUUCUUUGAAUAUUUAAACAUGAUGGAGAUUGCUAAAAUAACCUAUUCUCAUUAUUCAGUGUUAUGUGAUUGCAGAAUAGACAGUACAUGUAUUUGAUGAAGUGACUUUAGUAACACAGUUCGUUUCAUGGUAUAAUUAAUCCCGGUUUGUUAAUAAAUUUGCAUAUUUAUCAUCUUCCUGGGGCCCUUGGUUUAGGAUGAAUUGUAUCAAGAUCUUUUCAGAUUUUAUCAUAACGGGAUUUGCCUUCUACGAUCCUUCAAUAAUCUUAUGAAGCAAAGGUAAUGUAAAUGAAGAAGGUUGUCUUGUGCAAUGAUAAAUACAGAAGAUUGUUUGAAAAUGAUUGAAAUGUUAAACCAGGGACAUGCUGGUUAAACACUGGAUUAAGUAUUGAGGUAUUCAGGGUUAUGGAUAGCUCAAGGAUUAUGUAUGUCAGUUCGAAGGGCCUUUCUUUAUAAAAAGAAAUAUUUUCUUCAUGUUUUUUAUGUAUAUUCUGCAUUCACCAGUCAUGGCCCGACCUGUUUACCUCGGCUCAAAGUCAUUUCAGACUGAAAAGGCAAUUAUUUCACACGGUACUGUCUAGGUUACAUGGUAACUAUGACAAUUUGUCACGAUGCUUAUAAUUAUGCAAUGAAAAUUAUUUCUAGAAAUUUGUGAAUGAUUGGUUUAUUUUGGUGAUAUUGACAUACAAUAUACUUGGUGUUAUGAGUGAAAUAAAAACUUGUUUUCUUUAUGUAAUGUAUGGUAGUCUAAUUCCUUUAUAAUCAACCAUUUGUAAUUGUAGAUGACAAUGCAAUAUGUAAACAACUAUGUGUGAAUCUUCCAUGUAGAAAGAAGUACAUAUAUAUGUUUUUAGGAAAUGUCGAGAAAUGUUGGAUGGAAAAA